ACUGGGUAGUUACAAAAAGGCCAGAGGAGUGUGCAUUCCUCAGGCAUUCGUGUGCUUCUAACUUCAGCAGCCGGUGACGACUCCUGAGAACAUUCUCAGAGAGGAUCAGAGGGAAAGAAAGCUUCACGGUCUCAGAGACUUGACAAUCAACAUGGAUCCAUAUAAGUUCGUUCCUUCGAGCAAGCACAACUCCCCAUACUGGACGACAAACUCUGGUGCUCCAGUAUGGAACAACAACUCCUCUCUCACCGUGGGCCCGCGUGGUCCGGUGUUGUUGGAGGACUACCACCUGAUUGAGAAGUUGGCUAACUUCGACAGGGAGAGAAUCCCUGAGCGAGUGGUGCAUUCACGAGGGUUCAGUGCCAAGGGCUACUUCGAAGUGACCCAUGAUAUCUCCCAUCUCACUUGUGCCGAUUUCCUGCGAGCACCUGGAGUCCAGACUCCACUCAUCACACGAUUCUCGACUGUCAUCCACGAGAGAGGUAGUCCCGAGACCAUCCGUGACCCCCGAGGCUUUGCAGUCAAAUUCUACACACGAGAAGGAAACUUCGACAUCGUCGGCAACAAUACGCCCGUGUUCUUCAUCCGUGAUGCUAUCCAGUUUCCCGACGUGAUCCAUGCCUUCAAGCCCAACCCGAAGACGAACAUCCAGGAGUACUGGCGAGUGAUGGACUUCCUCUCUCACUUCCCUGAGAGUCUUCACACGUUCAUGUUCCUGUUCGAUGAUUGGGGUAUUCCUUCGGACUACCGACACAUGGAGGGGUUCGGGGUUCACACAUACAAGCUUAUCAACAAGGCAGGAAAGGAAACUUUCAUCAAGUGGCACUGGAAACCAUCAUGUGGGCUGAAGUUCUUGCUGGACGAAGAAGCGAUCAUUGUCGGAGGAACCAACCACAGUCAUGCGACUCAAGACCUGUACGAGAACAUUGCAGCUGGAAAUUAUCCAGAGUGGUCUCUCUACAUCCAGACCAUGGAUCCGAGCAUGGAGGAUAAAGUUGACUUCGAUCCUCUGGACACCACCAAAACCUGGCCCGAGGAUCUGUUCCCUCUUCAGCCUGUAGGAAAGAUGGUGCUGAACAAAAACAUCGACAAUCACUUCGCCGAAAACGAGAUGUUAGCCUUCUCUCCCGGCACCAUCGUUCCCGGCAUCUACUACUCUAACGAUAAAAUGUUCCAAACCAGAAUCUUUGCGUACGGCGACACGCAGAGGCACCGUCUGGGGCCCAACUUUCUGCAGCUACCCGUCAAUGCCCCCAAGUGCCCCAAACAUAAUAACCACCACGAGGGCUUCAUGAACUUCAUGCACCGAGACGAGGAGGUGAACUACUUCCCAUCUCGCCACGACCCUGUUCGUGUAUCGGAGAAAACGCCCAUUUCUCAGGACAUCGUCUCCGGCAAGAGAGAGAAGGUUGUCAUUUAUAAGGAGAACAACUUCAAGCAGCCAGGCGUGUUGUACCGAACCUUUGACACUGCAAGGCAGGAGCGAUUCAUCAAGCGAUUCGUGGACUCGCUAAAAGACCCACGAGUGACAGACGAGGUUCGCAAAGUCUGGGUGUACUACUGUGCUCAGGCCGAUCAGACUUUGGGCAAGAAGAUGGCGCAAAGGCUUAACAUGCCAAUGAUCCAGUCUGGGAUGUAGACACGUCCCGCUUCCAGUGCGAAACUCAUCGAACGCAAUAGACCAUAUUUCUAUCGGACUCGAUUGAAUCUAGCAUAUGGAGUGUAUAUAAAGCAUGAUGUAUUGCUCCACAGAAUAAGCCAGGUAUCAUGUCAGAGAUUUUUUUCUCUUCUGCAGCCGAAUCGAUUGUGAAUCCGAAGAAGAUUCAACAUGAUAUUCUACAGAGCUGCCGAUCUGGCUCAGAAAGUGUGCAAUGGUGCACAAGUAUUUCUAGAUGUCCGGUGGAACCGUGAACUCUGAUGAAAGAUCAUGACACCCAGAAGAUAACGUUGUACAAUUAAGUAUUAUAUAUAUAGGUCGACAAUUCAGCUCGAAGUUUUAGUCCAGAGUGAAGAUUCUGAACACGUUCUUUCUCCUGAAGUUUAUAAAUGCGAUCUGGUGUUGCUUGUGACUUUC